GGACUACUCAGUAGAUAAUAACUACUAAAAGCUCACAAAAAACACAGUGUCUUUUUAUCACACCUCAGUCGAACAGAGCUCAGGUGUUUUCCUUAAAAUGGUGGGGUUCUCGUCUACUUCAGCUGUCGAGAACGGUAUGGAGCACCUAAUAAAGGAGUUGAGUCUGCUGCUGAAACUGCUGGAAAGUGAGAGUGUGAGUUCAGCCACAGCAGAGAAGAUGAGCGUGGUGAGGAACCUGGUUAAACAGCUGCAGCCAUCUGUGAAUGGCUCUGACUUCAUAUACAUGAACACAUCUCUCUACGGAAAUGGUACCAGCUUUGUUGAAUCAUUGUUUGAAGAAUUUGAUUGUGACCUGCAGGAUCUGAGAGACUCCUCUGAAGAGAUGAAAGAUGUGGUGCAAGAAGAGACAUCCAAACACCUGCCCAAACAUUCGAGUCCUCCACUUCCUACCACACCUCCUCCUGAUGAUUACUAUGAAGAAGCCGUACCGCUCGGACCGGGCACAAUGCCCCAGUAUAUAACCACACGCGGCAACUCCAGUCGUCCAAACUCAAUAGAGGAUGCUUAUUACGAAGAUGCUGACAACAAUUACCCAACAACCCGCCUGAAUGGGGUCCCAAAAAACUCCUACAAUGAUUCAGACGCACUCAGUAGUUCCUAUGAGUCGUAUGAUGAAGAGGACGAGGAAGUUAAAGGCCAAGAGAGGACGCACCAGUGGCCCUCAGAGGAGAGUCCAGUGGGCCAAAUGAAAGACUGCUGCAAAUGUGCUUUUCUGCUGCGCAAAAAACGCUUUGGUCAGUGGGCUAAGCAGCUAACGAUCAUCCGCGAGAACAGACUUCAGUGCUUUAAGAAUCCCAAAGAUCGUUCUCCACACGUUGACCUCCCUCUGAAUCUCUGCAAUGUGAUCUAUGUGCCUAAAGAUGGACGUCGAAAGAAGCAUGAGCUUCGUUUCUCCAUGCCAGGAGGAGAAGCUCUAGUUUUGGCUGUACAGAGCAAAGAACAGGCCGAGAGCUGGCUCAGGGUCAUUCAGGAAGUUUGUAAUCUGGCAAGCAACACAAAUGGAAAAGAGAGCUCAUCCUCUCCUAUGAUCCUGCGAAAACUAGAGCUGGAUAAGAUGAUGUCACCAGAUAAACAUACUUCAGAUUCUGACAGUGGAGCAAAUGGAGAAAUUACACGAGAAAGCUGUGAGAAUGGGAAGGGCAGGAAGGGGACAUUCUAUGAGCUGACUGGAUCUAUGAGUCGAGCUGCUGGCAGAAAAAUUAACCGAAUCAUCAGUUUCUCCAAAAAGAAGCAGCCCCUGCCAGGCGAGACCAACACGUUCUCCAAUCUCGAUGACAAUCCCCGUUGUGGCUACUUGAAUGUUCUGGUGAACCAAUGUUGGAAGGAGCGUUGGUGUUCUGUGAGGAAUGGAACACUUUAUCUUCAUAAGGACAGAGGGGACAUUCACACCCAUGUUAACUCUACAGCCCUUCAUGGUGUAGAAGUCUUACCUGGUCUUGGGCCCAAACACCCUUUUGCCUUCCGCAUCAUGCGUGGCAGCACAGAAGUAGCAGCCUUGGAGGCGAGCUGUUCAGUUGAGAUGGGUCGCUGGCUGGGGGUUCUGUUGGCUGAAGCAGGCAGUGCAACCACCCCUGAGGCGCUGCAUUAUGACUAUGUGGAUGUGGACACUAUCAGCAGCAUCCAGAAUGCAGCACGGCACUCUUUUCUCUGGGCGACCUCCUCCAGCAGCGUCUCCACAGACCUGCGGACUUACGACGAAGUUCCCUACGAAAGUGUGCUGGUCGAUGAGACACAAUCUAAACUGAAACGUUAUUCCUCAAUGUCCAGUGUGGAUACUGCAAAGGCUGACACACAAGUCACAGUAAAGCGACAUGGUUCCUCUGUGAAUCAUUAUGGUAAAUAUGGAAAGACGAGGGCAGAGGAAGAUGCAAGGCGAUAUCUCACUGAGAAAGAGAAGCUAGAGAAAGAAAAAGAAAUUAUCAGGAAGAGCCUGCUGUCACUACGCAAAGAAAAGAAGGAGGUGAAGGAAAGGCUGAAAAAUGCAACAGAUAAGCAGCAGAAAGCCAUGGAGCAGCAACUGGCCCAACUGGAAGAAAGCUGUCAUCAGAAGGAAGCUGAGCGUGUAGACCUGGAGUUGCAGCUCACGGAGGUGAAGGAGAAACUGAAGAAGUCUCUGACUGGAGGAGUGCUGGGCGCACCUGUGGAGAGCAAACCCCCCAUAAAGGUCUCAGUUAAGAAAAAGGAACAUGUACACAGUGACCCGAAUGUACCUGUCAACUGUGCAUCUGAAAUGAAGAAACGUCCCCCAUCUAUCUAUGCAUCCACCAAAGGAAAUGUCAUGCAGAAAGCAAAGGAAUGGGAGUCAAAGAAGGGGAUGUAAUUAUACCGCUGUCAUCAAAGUUGUCUGAAGAUCUACGGCUUAGACUGCCUUCAAGUUUCUUAAAGCAAAAAGAAAGUCUGUCAAAACAUUGCACUUAUCUAAAACAUUUUUAAUUGGAAAGGACAAUUAAACAACUUUAAGGCAAAUAUGCUAAUAUAUUUGAUUGUAGUCUGUAUGUGAAUAAAAUUAAUGUUAAAUAAUUACAUGAAAGACAAUAAGGAUAAGGGAAUGUUUCAGAAACAAAGUGUUUUGUAAAAAUCUAUUGUUAAAAUGUGUGCCUGACUAAAAAUUCUGUGAAGUUUUUGUUUUAUCUUUUAGCCAUAUAAUGUCAGGAUAUUGGUUCCUGCUGAUUUCUAUGUUCAGUACUGAGAUACAGUGUUAACAUUUUUAUAUACUAUAUAAAACUGAACUACAUUCAAAGGAUUUACCCCCUUUAUAUUCAGUAUAUUUAAAAAAAAAAACACUAGGGCACUUAAUGUACCAAAUUUAUUUAUUUCUACUUUGUAAAUAAAUCCAUUUGAAUGGAAAUUA